UAGAACAACAAGUCUUAUCGACAAUUGAUGGCAUAAAGGUACGUCGACGGACAAGUCUUUGCGCCUCGAAUGCUGUUCACAAAAUGCAGUUUCUAACCUCACUCUUCGUGUCCCUGGCGCUGUUCGGUGCGACCGGGACGGCGACAAACUUCACCGGCGAUGUUGUCAAUGGAGUUCCGGUCAUAUCGUAUCUGAAUUUGUCUGAUGUGCCUACGCGGAGCGUCUCGAGGUACUACUUGAGGGUGGGAGAGCUCAGUGGUGGACUGCCUGUCCAUAUUCCGGUCUUUGUAGCGCGAGGUACGCCAGAGAGUCUCGAGAGCGGGAAGAAGUUGUCCUUGUCCGCGGCGAUACAUGGCGACGAACUCAAUGGUGUACGUGUGGUCCAGCGCAUUUUCGCGCAGCUUGAGGGACAAGUAGAAAGUCUCAAUGGCACAGUAAUCGGAAUACCCACCGUAAAUCCAAUGGGCAUCUACCUAAACCAAAGAAACUACUUUACAUCCCAUAAUAGUGGAUGGCUGACCAAUAUCAACCGCGUCUUUCCUGGUACCGCUGCGGUAGACGGUGGCAGUCUCCCGGAGCUCCUGGCAUACAACAUCUGGAACAACGUAUGGGCGAACAAAUCCCAGGUAGACGUUGGAAUAGACCUGCACACCCCUAGUAGCGGCGCCGAGACCUCUCUCUGGUGCUACGCCGACUUCCGACUCCCAUAUGUUGAGCGCUUAGCGAAGCUGUUGCAGCCAGAUACCUUGAAAAUCGAUCCAGGAGAGCCAGGAAGUAUUGAGACGACGUUCGUGAGCAACUCGAUUCCUUCAAUCACCGUGGAGAUGGGACUUGCAAAAGUAUGGAACGCUUCGUUGAUUGACAGAGUGUACGACUUUGUGAACCGCGUCCUGGACGAUCUGGACAUCGUCCCUUCCAACUCCACGCAGGCGUACUCACCGGAUCUGAGUAAGACGUACAUCGCGACUACGUUCCAUGACUCCGUAUCGACUUAUGGCGGUUUUGUCGAGCAACUGGUCACCGUUGACGAGCCGGUCACCAAGGGUCAGCCCAUUGCCAAUAUCAGGAAUGCAUUCGGGGACAUUCUAGAGACUAUAUAUUCGCCGGAGACUGGCAAGAUGUUUCAGUCACCGCAAGACCCGAGCAUCGAGCCCGGGGCCAGCGUUGGGCAGAUUGCGUAUAAUUCGACAGACCCGGAAUGUGCGGAUGGUUGCAUACUUUAGAAUCCAGAUAGGACAUAUCAUAUGGAGUCGGCCAUUACUUCUCUCAACCUUACGACGACAAUUUCUGUCCUAGAACUUCAUUGAGAGAUGGCAAGUGCAAGAUCUGAGCAUAUUUCAGAGAUAACGAAUCGAUACUAGACCUGAGGAACCCCCGUCUGCUUGUGUGCCCUCAGGUACUUGCAGGGAAAAAGGUAUGUAGUGUCUAUGCAGUAAGUACACGUGCCUCAACGCCCAAACGGCGUUGCCUGUGUGUUCCUACCUCGUAC